AGCGAAAGAAAGAGAGAGGGAGACAGAGAGCGAGAGAAAGGGAGAGAGAUAGAAACUCAAGUGAAACAGCCGAGGACCACGCGCUACAGAAGGCGGACGAAGGCACGCGACAUGUCUGAAGGAUUCAGGUGUGCGUGGAUAUGCUACAGGUGUCGUGCUCGCAGAUCAUGGUCGCUGGGAUAAACGUGGAUGUACUGACAGACAGCGGAUAGUAUGCCUGCACAGUUGGCACGGCUCACGCGAUGUGGCACAAUAUGGCACGCGUAAAGAUGGGUCUCUUCGCUCUCCUGUGUCUCCCCACGUUUUUCUUCCGCGUCCUCGUGCUCUCCCACAGCAGCAGCAUCUAUGAGCGGUCGGUGGUCCCUCGCGCCGUGUCCCGCUCCGUGGCUCGCAUGGACGGAGACGUGAUCAUCGGCGCGCUCUUCUCAGUCCACCACCAGCCGUCCGCGGAGAAAGUGGCCGAGCGGAAGUGCGGGGACGUCCGCGAGCAGUAUGGUAUCCAAAGGGUGGAGGCCAUGUUCCACACGUUGGACCGCAUCAACACCGACCCGAACUUGCUUCCCAACAUCAGCCUGGGCUGUGAGAUCCGGGACUCCUGCUGGCACUCCUCUGUGGCCCUGGAGCAGAGCAUCGAGUUCAUCCGGGACUCCCUCAUCUCUAUCAGGGAUGAUAAGGACGGAUCCAAGUGGUGCAUUGACGGCACCCCAUCCAACCAGCCUCCACCCAGCAAGAAACCCAUCGCUGGAGUGAUCGGACCAGGAUCCAGCUCUGUGGCCAUUCAGGUGCAGAAUCUGCUGCAGCUCUUCAACAUCCCACAGAUUGCUUACUCUGCCACCAGCAUCGACCUGAGUGACAAGACUCUGUUCAAGUACUUCCUGAGGGUCGUGCCUUCAGACACCCUCCAGGCCCGGGCCAUGCUGGACAUUGUCAAGCGGUACAACUGGACCUAUGUGUCUGCGGUGCACACUGAGGGAAACUAUGGGGAGAGUGGCAUGGAGGCCUUCAAGGAGCUGGCCUCACAGGAAGGCUUAUGCAUCGCCCACUCGGACAAGAUCUACAGUAACGCUGGGGAGAAGCACUACGAUCGCCUUUUGAGGAAACUACGGGAGCGUCUACCCAAAGCUCGUGUAGUGGUGUGUUUCUGCGAGGGCAUGACUGUCAGAGGUCUCCUGACAGCCAUGAGGCGACUGGGAGUGUUUGGAGAAUUUCUCGUCAUUGGCAGUGAUGGAUGGGCAGACCGUUACGAGGUUGUGGAGGGUUAUGAGCAAGAAGCAGAGGGAGGAAUCACUAUGAAGCUGCAAUCAGAGGUGGUCAAGUCCUUUGAUGACUACUACCUGAAGCUGCGUCUGGACACCAACACUAGGAACCCCUGGUUCCCCGAGUUCUGGCAGUACCGUUUCCAGUGCCGCCUGCUGGGUCAUCCACAGGAGAACAAGAACUACAAGAAAGUCUGUUCCGGAAAUGAAAGUCUGCAUGAAAACUAUAUUCAAGAUAGUAAGAUGGGCUUUGUCAUCAAUGCCAUCUAUGCCAUGGCUCAUGGCCUCCAUGAUAUGCACAAGGAGUUGUGUCCAGGGCAGACGGGGCUCUGUGAGGCCAUGGACCCCAUCGAUGGCAGCAAGCUUCUGGACUACCUCUUAAAGACAUCCUUCAGAGGAGUCUCAGGGGAGGAGAUUUAUUUUGAUGAAAACGGAGACACCCCAGGAAGGUAUGACAUCAUGAAUUUACAGAAUGUGGGUGAUGGUCGCUAUGACUAUCUAAAUGUGGGCUCCUGGCAUGAAGGCAUCUUGAACAUUGAUGACAACAAGCUGUGGAUGAACAGCAGCGACAUGGUCCGCUCAGUCUGCAGUGAGCCCUGCUCCAAAGGACAGAUAAAGGUGAUUCGAAAGGGCGAGGUGAGCUGCUGUUGGAUCUGCACCACAUGCAAGGACAAUGAGUACGUCCAGGAUGAGUUUACCUGCAAAGCAUGUGAGCUGGGAUGGUGGCCCGAUGAUGAACUGGCAGGCUGUCAGCCCCUGCCUCUGAAGUAUCUCGACUGGGCGGAUGUGGAAUCCAUAGUCGCCGUGGCUUUCUCGUGCGUUGGCAUCCUAAUCACCUCCUUUGUCACCUUUGUGUUCAUCCAAUACCGUGAUACACCUGUGGUUAAGUCCUCCAGUAGGGAACUCUGUUAUAUCAUCUUGGCGGGAAUCUUCCUGGGCUACAUAUGUCCAUUUACAUUAAUUGCCCGUCCCUCCGUGGCGUCCUGCUACUUGCAGCGGCUCCUGGUGGGCCUUUCAUCUGCCAUGUGCUACUCUGCCCUGGUGACCAAAACUAACCGCAUUGCCCGCAUUCUGGCUGGCAGCAAGAAGAAGAUCUGCACCAGGAAGCCCCGUUUCAUGAGCGCCUGGGCCCAGGUGAUCAUCGCCUUCAUGCUGAUCAGUGUGCAGCUAACUCUGGAGAUCACGCUCAUCAUUCUGGAGCCUCCUGAGCCCAUCAAGUCGUACCCAAGCAUACGUGAGGUCUACCUCAUCUGUAACACCAGCAACGUAGGCAUGGUGGCGCCACUGGGCUACAACGGCCUACUUAUCAUGAGCUGCACCUACUAUGCCUUCAAGACGCGGAACGUCCCUGCUAAUUUUAAUGAGGCUAAAUACAUCGCCUUUACAAUGUACACUACCUGCAUCAUCUGGUUGGCCUUUGUGCCCAUCUAUUUUGGCUCCAACUACAAGAUCAUCACCACAUCCUUCUCUGUCAGCCUGAGUGUCACAGUAGCACUGGGGUGCAUGUUCACCCCCAAGAUGUACAUUAUCAUUGCCAAACCAGAGAGGAACGUCCGAAGCGCCUUCACCACCUCUGAUGUGGUGCGAAUGCACGUUGGAGAUGGCAAGUCUGCUCAAUGCGGAAGCAACAGCUUCCUCAACAUGUUCCGACGGAAGAAGCAGGGAUCCGGCAAUGCAAAUUCUAAUGGCAAGUCUGUGUCAUGGUCUGAAUCAGGUGCAAGACACCCUCCGAGGGGGGGGAAUGUGUGGCACAGACUGUCUGUGCAUGUGAGGAAACAGGAAGCCGGCUUGAAUCAGAUGGCGGUCAUCAGGCCCCUAACUAACACCCCCGACCCCCACAGUUGUGAGCCCUCCACCCGCGACCUUGGCACAGACCCGCAUCUCCCCCAAGAACCACCUGGCGCUAAGCCUCUGUACAACCUGGUGGAGGAGGACGACGAGGGUGACGUGCAGCGCCCCCUCUGGACUCCGUCUUGCUCUGGACAGAUGCAAGGGCUGGAGUCCAAUUUAGAUAAGCCGGCUUCUUAUUUGCCCUCUCAUUUGACGGGCCGCACUACAGAGCGCUUGCAGGGGGCUGUGGUGGACACACACAGCUCCCAUGUCCCUGCACUGAAUGACCACACCGCCAGGGAGGCAGUCCCUGCCAACGAGCCUUUGAGCUUGACACCUUCUCAGCUCCCUCUGGCCCCACAAGUGGGGGAGUUUGAAGCGGAGGGACCUGAGGACGAGGAACUGGACCUCUUACACAGCUACAUUUACCAUGCCAAGGAGGAGGGGGAGGGGGAAGACGGGGAAGGAGAGGGUUUAACUCAGAACAAGCCAACUCUGGAGGAUUCCCUAGCGCUAUCUCCUCCCUCCCCCUUCAGAGACUCUGUGUGUUCGGGGGAGUCUGUCAGCGGCUCCCCCGUCAUCGAGUCGAUGCUCGGUAGCCCUCCGAGCUCAGUCUACACCUCAAACAUGCUCCGAGACUUCGCACACAGCUCCUCAACACUGUGAGAGCAAAACAGGCGCUGACACAGUGGCUGUCGGCACAAUUAUACAUCACACAGACAUGCAUUUCCAUAUACAGGUACAUGGACACACACAUGCAAACCUAUACAGAUACAUACAACAUUAUUUACCUUUCAAAAACAUUUAUUUUUUGCUCUGUCAUUCGCUUGCUUGUAUUUAUUACUCUGCUUUUUAUCAGUAAGAGGUUAAUUCAAACUAUAAGUAAAGAAACACCUGGAAUCAUCCAUGAGUGCUUACAUUUCUGAAAGGCUGUCAGUGCACAAAGCCUUUCUGUAAAAUGUAAAAACUGAGAACAGUGCCAAAUCUAAUCAGCUCUCGUGCCAAAUUCUGAUGAAUUAAGCAACACUGAGAAUCAUAAUAAAGGAUGUAGCUGCACUUUUCAUAGUGGCACUGCAAUGAAAUGGUCUACAAGAAAAAAAAUGUAAAGAAAAGCCCAGUUAUGUGAACAUUGUAAGACACAACCAGAGACCAAACUGCAGUCCUUAGAUAAGCUCUGCUUCUCUCUGCUGCACAUGUGCAGGUCUGUUCCUGUGUGUAGCGGUCGCAGCUGCAUCACAACAAACAAAACAAACAAAACAACAAUUUGCUGUCCGCCCUUUUUUUCAUGUAUUAAUUUCACCUCAGCUUUCUCUCAUCAGACCUCGCUGCAAUUUAAAUAUUACAAAGAGCUAGAUUAACAAGACAAGUGCAGUAACUUGGUUGAAUAUUACUUUAACUGUAUGUGUUGCAAGGUGUGCUCAGCAUCACAAAAAUAUUAUUGCUGGACUGAGAUUCCACUGAAGACUCGCGCUGUACGAUAUGUGAUAUGGAUAUAAUGUGCCAAUCCAAAAUGUUAUCAACCUACAUCCCUGCUUUCAAUUCUUACGAUGUAGCUGAUACAGGUUAGCGUGAUUGUAGAUGAUGGCGAUGUUGUUUAUUCAGUUUACACUCAAUCAUAACCCUGAGAACAAGUUUUAUGAGCAUGGGAUGUGAUAAAAGUGAGUUUGCUGUGUCAUUGUAAUGGAAAACACAGUACUUGUACAAGUUCUCAAAGUUUGUAAUACUGUUAAGCCAUCUCUUGUUUUUCACACAGGUGGUAUGUUUGUAAUACUGAUAAAUGUUUCUAUAUUUAGAAUGUCAACUUGAAAAAAAAGAAGAGUUUAUACAUUUUGAAACUGUCCUGAGAUACUUGUCAAGGAGCAGUGUGUUUGGUUUUUGGGUAACUUUUAAGCUAACUUGAGUCGACUGUAUCCUCUUGAAAAUAUUCAGUUGUAAAAGUAACCAAUGAUUAGUUGCUUCUUGUAAUGACAUUAUACAUGUUUCAAUUUUGCUUCAAUCUUGCAUUAUAAACUUAAGUAGUUUACUUGAGGUUAAGUUUCUUAGUUCUUUAUCUAUAAGAAUGCAAAUAAUUUCAGAGUACAAGACUAUACAGUGCAUAGUGCAAUUGUAUUGUAUUUCCAAAUGUUUUUAGUCUAUUAUAGUGUAAGCUGUUAACUGAUUUUAACCAAUGUAAAAUAUAUACGAGGGUGCCACCUGUUUAACACUGUCAAAUCUAGAAUGAAAAUAGGCCUUUAUGUUUUGGGCAAGCUGAACAAUGCUGUAAAAUAAAAAACUAUUUAUAUUAAGAAGACUGAUUACUGCCUGCAAUAGGAGACCAUUUGGGGUUCUUGAGAAGUUUUCAAGGCAACUGUAGCAAAAUUAAUAAGUUUUUAAUGAAUCACUUUUCCCCACAUGUUGGAUUCUUGUUUCUUUUAUCUGAGGUAAAUAAAUCCCAGUCUCUUUGUUUGA